AUGGAUGCUGUUUUUUAUCUGGUGUGCGGAGCCUUUUUCAUCUCCUAUUCUCCAUGUCUUGGCAUGCUAAGGAAGCACUGUGACAUUAUAGAGCAUGAAUAUUUUGAUACAUACAAUUCUAAAAUGUCCAUAGAUUUUGGUGGAUUUGACAAACUAAACUUCAGCCUUGGAGCCGUAUGUACUUUCUUUAAAGCUUCUACAAUAGAACACUUAGAUGAAGUUCCUGUGACUGCAGACUGGCUUUACCUGGAGAUAUACACUGUCAGCCUUAAAUCACAAGCUUUUUCUCAUCUAACACACAUAAGUUAUAUCUAUAUAUCUGGCUAUUUUGUGAUUUCACCAGUGGUCUUUUUUGGGCUUAAGAAACUCUCUGUUUUGUGGCUACAACAGAGAAGUAUCGAAAUUAUUGAAGAACUUGAUCUGAAUGGACUUUCUAUGUUGCAAGAGCUGAAAUUAAGUGGUACAAACUUUUCCUCUCUGAACAAAUCCAUAUUCGACAACCUUCAUCAACUGAAACAACUUAUACUGGAGUCCAAUUCCAUUGAUACUUUAUCAUCAGUAACUCAAUACCUUCCUAAACUGGAAAGUCUUAAAGGAUUAUCUAUAAUUAAUAAUGACAUGAGAGCAUUAAGAGAGACAGAUUGCCUUAUGACAGAAUUCCCUACUGGUAAAAUCAGUCCUAUACAUUUUAACAUAACCUAUCUAAACCUUGAUGGAUUUCAGACUAUUACGCUAGAAAACAACUCACUGUGUAACUUUCCAAGGCUAUCCUAUUUUAAACCUGGUAUACAUUUUUCAAUUCUAGAUGCUUUAAAAAAUUCUGGGAUCCAAGUAGUUGACUCAUUUUCAUUUUUCCGUUCUCAAUUUACUGAAUUCCACAUUUGUAUGUAUGUAUCACUCUUUCAGAUACAGGAACUCGAGCUGGCAAAUAAUGACAUAGGGGUUAUCGAUACAUCCAAUGGGUCUUGCAGCAAACUACGUGUCCUAGAUUUAUCAUUCAACAAUAUUAAAAAUGUGACUGCACUAGAAAUGAAGAAAUUAAAAAAGCUGAUGGAGAUCAAUUUGUCAAAUAAUAAAAUUACCAACAUUGAAAUAUGUUUGGAAAAUACCACCAUGGAGCUUGUUAAUCUGAACUUGUCAUUUAACUAUUUAACUUCUUUAACACAACAUCAAUUUAAAUGCCUUGAACUCCUAAAGGCACUUUCACUGAAUGACAAUAAAAUUCAGAUGAUAAGUAAAUAUUCAUUUGAUGGUAUGAAGACACUGGAAGUUCUAUACCUAGACAAUAAUGAUUUCUACAGUUUAGCUGAAUUUGCAUUUGCAGGUCUAUUUUCUUUAAAACAUCUGACCCUGAAUGAGAAUUUCUUAGAAGAAAUUGAUGAUUGGGCUUUUAAGGAUUUAGGAAAGCUUGAAGAAAUUGCGCUAGACUUUGAAAGCAUGGAGUCCAUGUGGUGGUCUCGGGAUUUGGUGUCACUAAAAAAGAUGUCAUUGAGAACACUUGAUGUAUUUUUGUAUCUUGAAUCUCAAUUUUUCAACCAUUUUGAUGCCUUUGAAAGUUUGAGCAUUGAAACACAGAAUGUGUUCAUAGAUAGCUGUGAUGAGUUUCCAUUUUACAAAGUAAAAUACCUAUCUUUAAUAAAUAUCAUUGAUUUUUUCUGUGAGCUAGAACCGGGGAUAGCACUGGAGAAAUUUACCAAUUUGGAAAAGAUAUAUUUGAAGGCAGACGUACAAUCUAAAAACAGCAUCCUUGAUUCUCAUCUGAAAAAUUUUUCAAAACUUUCUUUUUUCCACUUUGAAAAUACAAAUAGUAUUGUUGAUGGCUCACCGGUAAAUGUAGAUAAACUGUUUCUAGGCUUGGAAAACCUCCAAACUCUGCAUUUAGUAAAUUUAGGAAUAGAGGACUACAGUUCAAGUAUGUUGUUCCAUGAUUUAAAAUCAGUCAAAUUUUUAAUGAUAGAACAUGAAAAAAUCUACAUAUUUCCAGACAACAUGUUUACUCAUAUGGUCAGCCUAAAAUAUGUUUUUUUGCCAGAAACUCGUUUUUCUUGUAAAUGUGAUCUUUCAUGGUUAGUUCAGUGGAUGGCCUAUGAAAAACAAGUUUCAUUCCUUGACUUUUAUAAUAAGCUUUGUUUUGUUAAUGCUCAAAUAGAAGAUUCUCACUUAGUGUCCUUCUUAGAAGACAACUGUAACUCAGAGCUAGGUUUUAUUGCAUUUAUAGCUACUCUAGUCAGUACUUUGAUGUUUAUGUGUAUCUCUCUCUACUAUGAAAGUAUAUGGUGGUAUAUAUUGUAUAUUAUGUAUAAAAUCAAAGCUUGGCUUAAACACAGGUAUAGAGAAAGAGACCACUAUGAGUAUGAUGUGUUUGUUUCGUAUAACACCCAUAAUGAACCGUGGGUUAUUGAGCAGCUUCUUCCAAACCUGGAGCAAACUGGUCCUCCUUUCUUUAAAGUGUGUAUCCAUAAUCGAGACUUUGAGAUUGGUAGAGACAUUGUAGAGAACAUUGUAGACAGUAUAUAUAGCAGUAGGUGGACAAUCUGUGUUAUCACUCGAAGUUACCUUCAGAGUAACUGGUGCUCCAUGGAGAUAAGAAUGGCAACGUACAGACUUGUAGCAGAGAGUAAGGAUUCCCUUAUUCUGUUAUUCCUGGAUAAUAUCCCUACAGAAGAACUUCAACAAUACCACAAACUCACUAAGAUUAUAGAAAAGAAAACCUAUUUGAAGUGGCCAGGAGAUGGAGAUGGGCAGCAGCUUUUUUGGGCCAGACUACGGAGCGUUAUAGCUAGUCAUGCUGAAGAUAAUCAGGAGCCAUAGAAAUAAAAAACUAAAGCUGGAACAUGACUGUAUCUGAAGUCCUUACAGUUCAUCAUACAGUUUUAUUAAUCAGUCUCUGCCAAUCUAAGAGCUAUACAGAUGACUCUAGUUUUGUGGACCCUUCUAUACUAUAGGCUGCAAAAAUAUGCUAAAUAUUUGUUGUAGACAAAGGAUAGCCUUUUAAUAUCAUUUUAAAGUUGAUUUAUUGAUUAAAUCUAUGUAAUAAAUUGUUUUUUUCCCUCAUAUUUAUAAAUGGGUCA